GGCUCUUCCCAGAAGCCUUUACUCUGACCUCCAGACUCUCCUGCUGAUGAGGGACUGAACCCUCUCACUGACACAGCUCCACGGACCAGGACCAGACAGCCAUGAACCCCCAGGAGAUGGAGCUCGGCCAGGAGGUUAUGGAGGAGGCCGACGCCUCCGCCCACCACCACCACAACAACCACAACAGCCGGUCCCGUAACCACAGCAACCAGGAAAAACGCUACAGGCGCAUUGAGGCCCCUGCAGGAGGAGGUGCUGGGAGCAAAGUGAGGGGGCCUCAGCAGCACAGGGGGCCACAGGAGGAGACAGAGGAGCCUCCACAGCCCCAGCCCAUCCCCCGACCCGCAGUGACACGAUACCGCAGACAGGGGGACAGCGAGGCCCGGGUCAGAGCCCAGCAGCAGAGGCACCGGCAGAGGCAGCAGAGGGAGGCGGAGCGAACGCAGCACCUGGCCCAGCAUGAGAAGCAGCGGCGCGCCCAGAGGAGCCAGGAGGACGAGCGGGAGCGAGACGAUUCAGCGCUGGCCCGCUCAGCCAGCACCGAGAGCAACUUCCACACCCACACAGACCGGGCCGAGGGCGACGACGGCCUGCUGGUGAUGUCUCUGGAGCCGGAGGGGCAGGCCGAGGACGACGCCGGGAACUACGAGGUCCAGCUGAUGCCUGAGGCGGAGGGGUACAUUGAGAGUGCCGAGGCUGAGAAGCAACAUAUCCAUCCUCACUGCCCCCCUCAGCCACCUGAACCCCUGCCUGAGGUCGAAAGCCCUCAGAGACAGGGUGAAGCCGAGGAAAUGCUGCACGCCGGCUACUCCAACUACGUCUACACCCAGCCCCUCAGCCCCUCCGGUGAGAGGGGCGACGUGUCGGACGGUCAGAGCCUGGAGAGUUUGGACGCUGCUCUCGGGGACGAAGCCUACUCCGAGCCAUAUGACAUAUACUCACUCUCAGAGCAUGUUUACGAGGAGAUCUGCGAUACUCCCACAUCAGUUUCAUCUGCUGCGGACGGGGCUGAGGACACAGAGUCGCUCCGGCAGAGGCGUGCCGGCUUCAAACUGUUCGAGGGUCGGGCGGCAGGGGGAGACUACCAUCAGCAGGAAGCGGUGGGCUCCCGUCUGCGGCACUACGACGAGCGCUCGGACGGCGAGUCAGACAGCCCGGAGAAGGAGGCCGAGUUCGCCCCGUACCCGCGCGCCGACAGCUGCGACCAGGACGAGGACAUCGACACCAUCGUGGCUGAGGUGAAAGAAAGCCUGAGCUCUCAGAGUCUCCAUCGUGCUCUUGAAGACACCAUACAUGAAGAAAAUGAGCUACUGGAAGGAGAGGAAAAAGCCCAAGAUGAGUCUCAGAUCGACUCUGACAAAAACCACCAAGCUGCCAACACAGGGACAGAGGAGCCGGUUGCAGUGAGGAACAGCCAAGACAAGAGGGACGCCAUCUCCCUGGCAAUCAAGGACAUUAAGGAGGCAAUAGAGGAGGUGAAGACCAGGACCGUGAGAUCCCCGUACACUCCUGACGAGCCCAAGGAGCCCAUUUGGGUCAUGAGGCAGGACCUGAGCCCCACUGCAGAGUGCGACCUGCAGCCGUCACUGGGGGGGGAAGUGAGUAGAGCAGCUUCGGCUAUCAUGAUCAAGUUGUACUGUUCUGGUGUGCCGGUCCACUGUUAGCAAAUUAAUGUAUUGGUUACCUUCACAUAUUUUGAAGAGGCAUAGAUUCUUCCCUUUCUUUUAGUUUUUUUUUGUAGGUUCAUAUAC